UUUAGAGAGCACCAUAAUUAUGAUUCUAAUUAUUGCGGCCUAGCAACAAGAUGGCAAACAAAUCCACCACAAUAAUGAUGAAUACACUUAAUUUGUGCCGCACCACCUAUAAAAUAAAACCACAGCAACAUUAUUGACCACACAAUACAAGCGCUGCCAAUUAAUUACGAGCCCUUGAAUGGCUUCCUACGCGUACAGCCAUGCAGUCUACUGUCACAAUGGCCCCAGGCUAGGUGUGUACCCCCUCCAGCAAUUGGAGCAUUACAGAGCUGUGAGGUGGAGGGCUUGCCAGUUGAAGCGACCAGAGACCAGUUAUCGAACUAAGGCUCGCAUUGAUCCAGCAGCAAUCCUCCCUGGACCACCUUCAUUGCCCUCUCGUCCUACUAGUGCUCAAUCAAGAUUGCAGUUAAAACAAGACUUCAAAACGGCCAGUAAGAAGGAGUCGACCCACAGUUCUCCUCACUUCAUUGCAACUACAGCGUCAAUGACAAUUCAACCAAGACCACCCCAGAAGGAGAGAUUAACUCCCCCUGUCCCGAAAUGCCCCCCACACUCCUCCACACUCGCUUAUCCCUACCCGGACCCACUGAAAAUAAAAGGAGACUCAUCAUUUGAAGAACGGCUAGCAGAAAUAGCUCAACAUGAAGCAAACACUAUCAAGCAAGAAGAAUGGUAUAAGAGCAAGAAACAGUCAUCAUUGACUAGACCUUCAAGUGCUAGGAGUCUGAAUCCAUCCAAGUCUACUAAAGUUUCAUCUACAAGCAGACCUACAAGCAGACCUACAAGUGCUCGAGGAGUUCCAUCGUCUGCUUCGACAAAACUUCGAAAAUCUUCCACUUCCAAUUUAUUAAGUAGUCACCUUUCUUCGGCUAAAGUGCAAUAUAUUCAUACUGCUAUUCAUAAGUCCAAGUCUGCCAUGCAGCUAAAACAACCAGAGAAACAGUCCAAAGUGGCUCCCUCUAAUAACAAGAAUGAUACCGAGAACCCUCCACCAAAAGUCCCAAGAGCAUUUCUUCCCCAAAAAACUGGACGAGAGUCUGCGAUUGAAAACGACCAGAAGCCAUUGAUAAGUGUAGCAAAGCUCUGUGUAGAUUCACUAAGUGAUAGUGACGAUUCUAAAGCUGACAAUCUAAAUGUGACGAGUGAUCUUGGUCUCAGCCUCGACUCACUGCACCUAACCAGCGGAGAGGAGAGUGACUUACCACUGGAUACAAAAGACUCUGUUAGUAGUGAAGGCAUUUCGGCCAAAGCACCAGUUAGUUUUGAAAUAGCAAUCACACCUCCUAGGAAGCGUAAGAGGAGCAAGAACAAGAAAACUAAAUCUUAGCAAUUAAUUAUAAUUAUAGUUCCUGUACAUGUGAUUGCUUUUUUAUGCAUCAAAUAUGCAAUUUUUUUGUCAUUGAGCAUAAUAAAUUAGCAAAAAAUUGUUUUUUUA